AUGAAACUCAAUAGAAGUACCAUGAUCCUUGGUGAAACCAUUUCUCUUGUUCCGUAUUGUAAACAUCAUGUUGAAAAGUAUCAUAUGUGGAUGCAAGACAAAGAUCUACAGCUUCUUACUGCUUCUGAACCCCUAUCACUGAGCGAAGAAUACCAAAUGCAAUUAUCAUGGCAAACGGAUGAAGACAAGUUAACUUUUGUUGCCAUCAGUGGUAGCUCAAUUCCCCAAACUGUGGAAGAAGAAGUUUCCAGGAUGAUUGGUGACAUCAAUUUGUUUUUUAUAUUCUCGCCAGACAUUGCUGAAAUCAAUAUGAUGGUGGCUGAAAAUAAAUUUAGAAGAGGUGGGUAUGGUACGGAAAUACUUAACUUGAUGAUGAGCUAUGCUGUAGAUCAACUGAACAUUACUAAAUUUUCUGCAAAAAUAACUAAUUCUAAUCGACCAAGCAUGAAUUUUUUCCAAAAGAACACAUUUAGCUUGGAAUCUGUUUGCGAAGUUUUUCAAGAAACUAAUUUCGAACUCCCUGCCACUGAGGUAACAUCAUUCAAAUAUAGACAAAUUGUAUACCCAUUUUAUCAGCCAGAAAUUUAAAUCUUUUAUUUAACCCAUUUAACAUGAUAUUAUUUGUAUUUAAAACCUCCCAUAUCUAAGUUACCUAUCUAACAGACAGCAGUACGUUUUAGUUUUAGGUGAGGGAUCUGAUAAACUACCUGUUAUUUGUGGAGUACCACAAUGUAGUGUUUUAGGACCGC